GGUCAUUUUCCAUCCAUCUGACCUGACAACCACGCGGGAGGAAAUCAGCUGUUAUUAUGGCCCUCCCGCGUUGCCAUGGUGACGUAUAUACAACAACAUGGCGGGCGGAGGGAGGAGGAAAGUUCCAGUGUGGACCAAACCUGCGGCCGAUAUGGAGUGCAGAAGGUGCAAGAGUCGCCACGCCGCCCACGCCGGCUCCCUGGACGAGCGCGGGCGGGCGUACGGGCGGGCUCAGCUGAAGAACAAGGUCCUCCGGGAGGGUGUGGCCAAAUGGACCUUCCCCGCCCGGAUGCGCUCCCGCCCUCCGCUGCCCGCCCCCAGGGACGCCUCCGCCUGGCGCCCCCCGCAGUGGAACAUUCAGGUGGAGCAGUCUGUGCCGGAGGACAUGGAGGGCGUGGUUUCCGAAGAGCUCCGGCAGCGAAUAGAGCGCAUCCUCGCCUUUCCGGUAGAGGGCGGUGCGGGGGGGCAGGGCGAAAACCUCCCCGAGACUCCGCCCACUCCCAGCACCCGCAUUGAAGCCACCAGAACACCGGCAGGAGGACUCCUUCAGGAUUAUUUGGACCAACUGGAUCCUGAGGAAGAAGAGGAACUCAUGUUUCAGGGGUCUGAAAGCGAAGAAAACGAAGACGACGACGACCUCUUGUACGACCCUGAGAAGGAGACCUACACGACCCCUUACCUGCUCUUCCUGCAGCACGCCAAGUCGAGGAGGAGGGACUUCGCGCCGCAGUCUGCGAACCUCCCGGACGACUUGGCUCAGAACGGCGAAGCCAGCUCCUUCAGGGACGACGAGGAUGGGGGUCGCGACGGGGCAAGGGGUCGUACCGGACACCGAACGAUAUCCAGCGUCGUCGAGACCACCAGGACGACCACUUCCGCUGACCCGACGACUCUCAAGGAUGACCAGGAACUCACUGAGACUGGAGGCGGGGGUGACUCCCUGGCCGUACCUGCUGGUGCCACGACAGCGCCCUUCGUCCCGUCCGUGAAGGCGCUGCGGAGUGAGAAGGAGGAGGACCCGGCGUCGGGGGGCAGCCAGGAGGAGGAGGAGGAGGAGGAAGAAGACGAGGAGGAGGAAGAGGAGAAUGGCGUUGCAGGGGAAGAAGGAGCGAAGGAAGGGAAGACGAAAGAGAGCAAGAAAAAGAAGUCCACGAAGAAAAAGAAGAGCAAAAAGAAGAAAAAGAAGAAAGGCGCCAACGAGGCGAAUGGAGGAGACGAGAAAGGCGACAAAGACGACGAAGGAGCAGACGACACAGCAGAAGAAACCGUCAGGAAGAACGAGGAGAAGCUGAGGAAGUCCGUCGCCCUAGGGCUCUUCAGGGACUUCGCCAAGACGGUGUUCGCCAAGAAUCAGCCAGGGUUCAAGCUGUUCGACGGCUUCGAGGAACUGCCGGAAGGAUCCAAGGAUUCGGACGAGGCGAGAAAUUAGGAAGGAGCGCGCGGGGUGAAAGAAAAUGGCGCCGAGAGACAGGGAGAGAGAAGGAGAAAGGAAUUAUGCUGAAGAUGAGUUACAAGCAAGAAAGAGGUCGAAAAGGGCUUUUUCUGUUUUUAAUUAUUGAUUGUUCUUAGGAUGGAAAUCUUUAGGGCUGCAGGGGUUUUACAUCAAGGUAAAAGAGAGCAGCGGAU